AUGAAGUUUGCAAAAUUAUUUUUGAAUGAAAUGAUACCUGAAUGGAUUAAGUUAUACUUAAACUACAAAUUAUUAAAAACUUAAUUGUCUAGUUCAGUUUACAUAAUGAAAAAAAUUAAAUUAAUGAAAAGCAAAUACAAGACAAAAAAAAAAUAAUAUAAAUAAGAGAAAUAGAUUUUGUUAGAAAAUGAACAAGUUUAAUCUAAAAUUAAAUCAGAUCUUUAAGGCUUUUGCGUUACCAUAAAAGAAGAUUUGAUUAAGAUUUAAUCUUUUAUCAUCUGGAAAUAUUAGGAUAUCCAAAAGAAAAACACUAAAGUAUAAGAGCAGAUCAAACUUAUGAAGAAAUAACUAGAGUUUAUAAAAUUGAAAUAAUAUAUGGGUGAUGAUAGCGAUUAUAAAAAACAAAUGGACAAUUUCAAAGAAAAAUAAUAUAUUCUUAAAUAAACUAUUUAUCAAUUCUAUAUUGAAAUUUUACAAUAUAAAAGCUUUGUAACUAGUAAUCAUUAAGGGUUGAUUAAAAUAUUAAAAAAAUAUAAAAAAUGGUCAAUAGCAUAAUUUAGAGAUAAAUAAUUUGAAAGCCUUGUUCUUAGUGAAGUUAUGAAUGAAAUUUUAAUUCUUAAGAAAGUUCCAGAUAAAUGUUCUCAAUUAUUAAAUGUAACUGAAAGAUUAUUGCUUAAUAAUUUUUAUGCCCUUAAUCCUAAAUAAGGGAGAUAUAAUCUUAGAAAGUAUCAGCAAAAAAAAACUGUUAAGGGUAAAAUUUUGUUUAAAUUUGGUUUGUUCAUAGGCUUUGCCUUAGUAUUAUUAACAUUUAUAAUUUUAUUAAGAAUUGAAGGAUAUAUUGAUCCUGAUAAUGAUUAAAAUUAGCACAGUAUCUUUUAAAAGAUGUUUCCUUGUUUUAGAGGAUUAGCUUUAUUUAUAAUAUAUUAUUGGUACUUAGCCUUAGAUUUAUGGGGUUGGACUCAUUUCAGAAUAAAUUAUAAAAUAUAUUUAGGAUUUAAUCAUCACUUCUCCACUGUAGUAGAAGUAUUUAAACGUGUGAGCUAUUUCUCAACAAUGUUUUUAUUAUCCUUUGUUUUCUAUAGUCUCUAAGCUGAAAAUAUAGAACCAUUUUAAUAUAGGGAUUCAUAUACUAAAUAUAUUCCCCUUGUCUUAUGGUGUCUUUUAUUACUUUAUAUAUUUUUCCCAUUUACCACUAUUCUAAAUGGACCAGGGAGAGUUUGGUUAUACAAAAUUUUAGCUGGGGCUGUAUAUGGACAUUUCAUAAAAUAUGAAUCUAGAUUUACCUUCUGUUUGGAUCAAUUUAUAUCGAUGGCUAUACCAUUAAGGGAUCUUGAUUACACAAUCUGCUAUUAUAAAACAAUAGUAAAAAUAAUUUUAAUAAUUAGUGGUAAACUGGAGAGAUUCCUGAUAACUAAUGUUUCUCAUCUAAUAGAUUAACUGGAGCUUUGAUAGCAAUUAUACCAUUCUCAAUGAAAACUAUUCAUUACUUAACCAGAGCAAGAGACAAGGGAAAGUUUUGGCAUACAGAUGAAAUGUGGAAUUUUUUUAAGACACUAUUAGCAACAUGGGUAGCAGUUCUUUCCUUUUUAGCUAAUAAACAUUAUUUAUUUAGAAUAAUUUGGAUACCAUUUGCUGCAUUUUGUUCUUUAUUUUAGUAUUGGUGGGAUUUAAAGAAAGAUUGGUUGUUUUUUGAAGAAGGAUCAAAUGUUAGAUUUUUAAGAAAUGAUUUAGGUUACAAUCAUCCAUGUAUUUAUUACUUUAUUGGGAUUUCAAAUUUCUUUUUAAGGUUAACUUGGAUAUUAACAGUAUCUCCAAAUAUGUAUUUAUAUCUCAAUAUAUCCAAUAAAGAGGUAUUUAUAUUUAUUAUUGGAUUUUUGGAAAUGACAAGAAGUAAGAAUGUACUAUUAUUUUAUAGGAUUAAUUAAUAAUUUUAUUAAGAUUGAGAAAGAAUAUAUCACAAAUCUAAGAUCUCUCAAAACAACUAGAGAUUUAGUAUAUCCAUUUGUAAAUUAAGAUAAAAGUAAUUUCUAAGAGUAUUUAUAAUAUUAUAAUUAAAUUAGUAUACCUGAUAGAUUAACAUUAUCAGUUUUAAAUCUAAAUGAAUAGGAUAAAUAGGAUGAAGACUUAAUUUAAUUGUUUCGAGCCACUACUAAUUUAUUAGAAAAAAGUGAUUUAAAUAAAAGUGAUUACUUAUUCUAAGGAUUUUAACCUGAUAUGGAAAUAUUAGAGAGAGCUAAAAAAUAAGAAAAAUUUUAAGAAUCAUAAAUUCGAAAAAUAAAAUAAGAAAACAAGAAUUUUAAGGCAUAGUUAAUUUGA